CCCACCCACACACUCCUAUACAUCUCUCAAGAAAAUCAAACUAAAAUGGACACUCCCAAAAAGCCACAUGCUGUAUUUGUACCAUUUCCAGCACAGGGUCAUGUCAAUCCCUUCAUGCAAUUAGCCAAACUCUUUCGUUGCAAUGGUUUCCACAUAACCUUUGUCAACACUGAGUUCAACCACAAACGUUUGAUAAAAUCUCUGGGAGAAGAGUUUGUGAAAGGUCUCCCUGAUUUUCAAUUCGAAACCAUACCUGAUGGCUUACCAGAAUCAGAUAAGAAUGCAACACAGGAAGUUCCAUCAUUGUGUGACUCAACUAGGAAAAACUGUUAUGGUCCAUUCAAAGAGCUUGUGAUUAGGCUCAACACUUCAUCACCUCAUCCAGUUAGUUGCAUAAUUGCUGAUGGUGUUUUUGGGUUUGCUGGAAGAGUGGCUAAUGAAUUGGGCAUUCAAGAGUUGCAGUUUUGGACAGCUUCGGCAUGUGGUUUGCUGGGAUAUUUACAAUACGAUGAACUUGUCAACAGAGGAAUUAUUCCAUUCAAAGGUGAGCAUUUUAUUUCUGAUGGAACCUUGGAUACAAGUUUAGAUUGGAUCUCUGGAAUGAAAGAUAUCAGACUAAAAGAUCUUCCAAGCUUCAUGAGAGUCACCGAUCUAAAUGAUAUCAUGUUUGAUUUUUUGGGUUCUGAGGCACGAAAUUGUUUGACAUCAUCAAAAAUCAUCAUUAAUACAUUUGAAGAAUUGGAAGGCGAGGCCCUUGACACCCUUAGAGGCAAAAACCCAAACAUUUAUAAUAUUGGCCCACUUCACUUGCUUUGUAGACAGUUUCCUAAGUAUGAAAAUGAUUUUAAGGUAAGUGGUUCAAGUUUAUGGAAAAAUGACUCAGAAUGCAUAAAGUGGUUGAAUAAAUGGGAACCUUGUUCAGUCCUAUACAUUAACUAUGGCAGUAUAACUGUUAUUACAAAUUAUCAUUUGAAAGAGUUUGCUUGGGGAAUAGCAAAUAGCAAAUUACCAUUUUUAUGGAUAAUGAGACCAGAUGUAGUAAUGGGCGAAAAGACUUCAACUUUGCCAAAAGAGUUUCUAGAUGAAGUUAAGGACAGAGGAUACAUAACUAGUUGGUGUUUUCAAGAGCAAGUUCUUGAUCAUCCAUCAAUUGGGGGAUUUUUAACACAUUGUGGUUGGAAUUCUACACUUGAAGCAAUUUCUUCAAGUGUUCCUACAAUUUGUUGGCCUUUCUUUGCUGAACAACAAACUAAUUGUAGAUAUUUAUGCAACACUUGGAGAAUAGGGAUGGAAAUUAACCAUGAUGUGAAAAAGGAUGAUAUAACAGAAUUGGUUAUAAAAAUGAUGGAAGGAAAAAAAGGAAAAGAAAUGAGACAAAAGAGUUUGGAGUGGAAGAAGAAAGCUAUAAUAUCUACUAAUUUAGGAGGAUCUUCAUACAAUAAUUUUUGUAAAUUAAUCGAAAAUGUUCUCAAUUCUAAUUGAUUGAUCAUAUAGUAACUAGGGUUACCUAAAAUAUAUAUUGUUCUACUAAUUUAUAUUAAUGUCAAUCUUAAUGAGCUUCAAUCA